AUGGACCCGAAUAGGCUAUUCUCUGAAGAAGAUAUUCAGAUGGUGAAACAAGCUCUUAUUUCCAUCGGUUCUGCCCCUGUCACCUUAGCACCCUUCUCCCAUCAGACCCAGAACCGCCCGCUGAGAGCCCGGCUUCCAGCGCCGGCUCCGGGAGGCCCUCUGCUGGUCCAUACGUUCCAAUUCGGCUGCAGCGGGGGUGGGGGUGGGGCAGCCAGGGGAGGGGCCGGGGCCGUGGCCGUGGCUGUUUACCACCCGGUGCGGAAUCGUUCCCACGUGAACACGUGGUGUGGCUGCCGCAGUUCACAGCGGCUGGACGCCGUCCCGGUGGGGGUGGGGAAAGAGCCGGUGGUCCCGGGCGCCUCCCCCGCCGCCUGGCGCUACCCCAACGUGCUUGUGCCGAAUCACGGCUGGCACCGGUGGCCUCUUGCAGCCUGGCAGAAUCGCGCACGUUCGUUCUCCCUCCUGCCGAGGCAGGCGGUGCCCGAGCGUCCCGCGGGCGCGGCCAGGCGCCCCCUCUGCCCGAAGGAGCUCCCGUCUGACCUCGGAAGCGGAGGCACGUCUUGCUUCACCAGCAGGAACCCCUCUCCGGCUUUCUCCCCCUCGCCUUCCCGGGUGACAAGCAGCUGCAACGUGCCGGCGGACCGGAUGCCUCAGCCCGGGAAUCCGGGGCUCUUCCUGCGUAAAGAGGAGGGGCCUGGGCUUCCAGAACCACUGACAGAUGUCUGUGGGAAAGGGCUUCCACACCUGCCAAACCGCCAGCUUCCUUUCUCAUUCUCGAGGGCUCGAGAUGGAAGAAACAGGCCUUGAAGCAAAUCCACAGCUGCUGAAACUAGCUUUCCAGCCUGCGGAUUCCGUGGGCUAGCUCUCCAUGACAGGAUUUAGGCACCAAUUUGCGUCUGCUGCCUAUACCUAGCCAGGUAAGGGUACGGUUUUAUUAUCUGCAAUAUCAAGGAGUUCCUUUAAGUCCUAAACUAUGCGAUUCUGGUUUUGGCCUUUGUUGACCCUCCCACACCUUCCAGAAUGCAUGGUUUUGUGCAUGUGAUUCAACAGAAUUCCAGUCUGGCUGUAGGAAUGCGGGAGUGUCGGCAAGAAUGGAAG